AGCAAGUGAUCCAAACCAUGUAAACAGAGGAAUUGUUUUCCGUCUGUCCGCAAACAUCCCGCUUCUGUUCAAUCCUAUUUUUUUCUAUACUCUAGCUGUGUAUGUGACAUUCAGUCAUGGCAGAGAAGCCGGCAGCAGGAAUCCAACUACUCAGAAGCCUGAAGGUCAAGCUGGUUGAAAUUCUAAGCGCAGAUGCCGAUUUUGUCCUGCAGUAUGCAGACUCUCGCUGUUUGAUGUCUGUUCCCGGCUACCAGCGGGUAAAAGCUUGCCGUGUCCCCAGUGAGAAGGUGACAGACCUGCUGGAUCACAUCAUUGAGAGGGGUCCUGAAGCAGCGCGGGGUCUACUGGAACUGCUGAAAGACCAAGCCCUACAGGAAACCUUCCCAAUGCUUCGCUUUAUUAAGGAUGUGCAAGUCAACACGCUGUCUUCAGGGAAGAGCAACCCAUCAAGAAAGAUACAACCAGCUCCUGACUUACACGAGAGUGUUCUAUCCAAACAGAUCUGCAGGAGAGGCCCUAGCAUAGUGAAGGAGAAGCAGCUGAUGACCGUGGCUCAUGCCAUUGGCAGGUCUUGGAGGGAGAUAGGCAGACUGGCUCUGGAUAUCUCCUCUGUGAAGCUGGAACAGAUUGAAGAAGACCAUGCGCUCCAUGUGGAGCGAGUGUUCGCCAUGCUGAGUCUCUGGAGGACCAGCCAGAGGGAAAAGGCCACUGCUGCUCACCUGCACUCACUGCUCAGUCAGAAAGACUGUGCGCUGCCACCUGAAAGCAUUGACUCGCUGUUGGAGGAAUGACUGAGGCCUUCACUGUCUGGCAUUUACUGAGACUGCAGCUUGUUUUAACUCAGGAUGAGUGUAUUUCUCGAGACUCGUUCCAUAUAAGGAAAAACCACACUUUAAGACUUUCGUACUUUAGGGAGAAAAAGUACAAUUUCAAGUUUCUUUAUAUACAGGGUAUACUGUAUAUAGCAUGUCAUUCUGAUUGUUCAUACUAUAAAUAUACGACUAUGCCAAAUUGCGGGUAUAAGGCUAGAAGGUGUCUGGCAGAUUGUAAUGCCUGGUGAUAUUAUGUUAAGGUCAAUGAUCUUUUUCCUUUUCUAUAACAGCUUUUAUGACAAUAAUGUAAAAAAUAAACUGAGUUUUGUUUAUGAAAGUU